AUGUCGUUCGGAUAUGGAAUCGGCGAUUUCAUCGCCGGUGCCAACCUCGCUCACCAGCUCAUUCGCGUCAUGACCGAGACAAGGGGAGCCUGCACCGAGUACCAAGAAGCCAUGACAGAGCUGUGCGCAAUUCAACAGGCUUUCAUCCAUGUGAGCCAGAUCAGCCGGAGCAGUGUUCUCCCCCAGGCUACCCUCAACUCGGCUUCCUUCAUUGUCAUGUCGUCGAUGGACAUCAUCGAGAAAUUCCUCAAUCGAACCAAGUUCUACCAGAAGAAGCUUGCCGGUUCCGAGCCUUCUGCUGCGGCCGGGAGCUGGUGCAAGGUCGGCUGGGCUCUGUUCAAAAAGGAAGAGCUGAAAACACUGCGCGACUCUCUGCACUGCCGUCUCGUGGCCAUCAAUACUCUCUUCGCUGCUGCUCAUCAGUAA